AUGGGCAACGUAGGAAGCCGACCUGACGAUGCUUCUCCCGUCUAUUUCAGAGACCAGACGAGAUUCUCGAUCGCAAACGUCAACAUUACCAACUCGCGUGGUCGCACCCUCGUCUCGCUCACCCCAAACUCCUUUCCUGCCACGCGCUACCAGGCAAAGCGCGACACUGGCGACAACACUCCCGUCGAUUACGUCCAGGAUCCUGAACCCCCUUCCAUCCUCUCUCCCUCCUUCCUCUUGCGCCUGGCCAACGAUGAAGAGCUUACUUUCAAUUUCACAUGCGUCCUGCGUCAGUCCAAUUCCGCUCCAACCAACACAAUCGGCGACCAUGUCAUUGCUCCAACUGGAGUCCCCGCUUCAGACACUCAGCUGUGCGGCUUGACCUAUGUUAUUGGCUCGAAAGCAAAAGAGAUUGAUCAGCUCGUCACACGCGGCUUCCAUUUUGAUCCUAAUAUACACAAAAAUCCUAAUGUCGAGCUGGUGGGUGACUACAGCACAGGCGGUGUCCCAUCGGUACAAUUUCAGUGGUCCUGGAAGUGGAGGCCUCCAAAACAGUCCGAAGACUAUGGCGGAGGCUGGCGCAACACCUGCAGUUUUGUCGAGUAUAACUCGCGGGCUCAUCGUCUCGAGACGCUAGCCAGCUUCUCGUUCUGGGUGACUAAUACACAGCGCUGGUUAAAUUCCCCCACCUUGUCCCCUCCCAGGCUUAGAGUGCCAUCCUCCCAAUCUAUCGAAUCCAGAGUCAGCGCUGUCAGUGAUUCCGACCCCGGCGACCCCAAAGACUACCGCGAUUUCCGUGAGCCUUCCUCGCCCAUGUUCGAUGCGAUACCAGAGUACGGUCUUGGCCUUGUUCCGUCAAUGACAAAUGGAGGGCCCCUGCCUCCGCCCAAGGUUGACAUUAGUUGUGUUGGUCGCCCAGCCGAGGAUGCUAGUGCCAGCGAGGAUGGUCCUGUGUUCAGAGCGACAAUGCGAGCCCUGGAGCAAAAGACUGGCACAAUGAGAUCUCGUAUGAAGAAGGUCUUGAGAGCUGCCGAAGCUGCACAAGCCGCACAAACUGCCAGUAACGACGCCCACUCUGCUUUCAUGGAUGCGCUUAGAGAGGCUUCUAAUUCGAACGCAAAUGCCGUCCGUCCCGCUCUCGAGCACUACUUCGAUUCUAUUGCUAGAGAAAUCCUGCUUUACGAGCGCCAAAAUAACGCAAACCUCCAGAAACUCAUAAUUGAGCCCAUCAACAAGCUCUACAGUCUCGACAUCAAACAAGCAGAGUCCAAGAGGCGUGACUUUGACGAAGAGAGUAAGGACUACUAUGCCUAUGUUAGCAAGUACCUCGGUCAGCGCUCCGAGUCACUCAAGGAGAAAAAGCGCGCCGAGAGCGAUGCCAAAUACCAAGCCAAGCGACGCACCUUCGAGCUGAAGCGAUUCGAUUACUCCUCUUUCAUGCACGACCUCAAUGGUGGCCGGAAAGAGCAAGAAGUACUUUCUCAACUCACAAAAUACGCAUCCGCACAGGCUCGAGGAUAUCUUACCACGGCCAAAAAAGUCGAAGAGAUGCUGCCACAACUAGAAGCCUUGACCCGUGAGGUUUCACAAGCCGAUAUGGAGUUCCAGUUGCAACGCACGGAACGCGAGGAAAAGAGACGAGCCUUGGAGACGAACAACGCCAAAUCACCAGAAAUAGAGAGCCCGCCAUCGGUUUUCAAUGGCUCCAAUGCCACUCAUGUCGAUCGCGCGAGCAGCAUCAUUUCCGCACCACGAAAUUCGAUCAUGUCGACUUCUCCUUCGGCAUCCAAUGGUUUUCCGUCUAGCAUCACCUCUUCUACUAGCCCUAGCUCGAACGGCGCAUUGCCUGUUAGAAACACGAGCAACAAGUUUAAAGGUAUUAGAGACCUAGAGGAGAAAGACAAUUCUGCUUCUGCUGUAGCAGGUGCAGGUCAGUUCAAGAAAGAAGGACUACUUUGGUCUUUGAGCCGGCCCGGCAGUCAUGUGGAUCCCAUCAUGAACAAAGCUGGAUGGCAUAAAUUUUGGAUAGUUCUUGAUCAGGGUAAGCUGUCUGAAUAUGCCAACUGGAAAGACAAGCUCGAUUUGCACAUGGAUCCCAUCGACUUGCGAGUCGCAUCGGUGAGAGAAGCACGCAACGCCGACAGGCGUUUCUGUUUUGAGGUCAUCACACCACAAUAUACUCGUGUCUACCAAGCUCCAUCGGAAGAAGACAUGAAGUCAUGGAUUGCCUCGAUCAACAAUGCACUUCAGAGCGCCUUUGAAUCUAGACCAUCUACUGGCACGCCAAGCACCGAAAAAGUCAGUUCUACCCGCAACACCAUUGCUGCCGUCUUAACUGGAAAGACGACACCAUUCUCCUCCCAACGAGCAUCGACCAAUGCGACUUCAUCGUAUAUCAGUUCUUCAAGCAAGAUUGUGUCGCGUCACGCAACAACGGGUGAUAAGCCAACAUAUAUGAAGCCCGAUAAUGAAACGCCCUCAGCACUCUUGAACCAGAUACGGGAAGCUGAUGCUGGCAACAAAUAUUGCGCUGAUUGCAACUCGGACCAGAAGGUCGAAUGGGUGUCCAUCAACCUCGGCAUAAUCUUGUGUAUCGAGUGCAGUGGUAUUCACAGAUCUUUGGGUACGCACAUUUCCAAAGUGCGAUCUUUGACCCUUGAUACCUCUGCAUUCACACCAGACAUCAUUGAGCUGCUCAUGCUUGUCGGCAACCGUGUUAGCAACAUGGUUUGGGAGGCCAAGCUCGAUGCUUUCCUCAAGCCAGGUCCUAAUGUGACCAGAGAGCAACGUCUACACUUCAUCACGGGCAAGUACAGCGACAGAUUGUACGUUCAAAGCUCUACCGAUGCCAUGGCGCAUUUCAAGAGUCCAGACGAUACGCUACUUGUCAGUAUCAAACAGAACAACAUACAGCAAGUGUUGUAUGCUCUUGCAUUGCGCGCGAACCCCAAUGCUACAGAUCGUUCGCGUGGGACACACGCAGUGUUCCUUGCCCUUGCGGCUGCAGAUCCCGCGUCUCCGUCCAGCUCAUUUGUGCAGCAACGUAGCGGGUCGUCAACUUUAAAACCCUUUCCCGUUGCCGAGCUCUUGCUCCAGAAUGGAGCAGAGAUCCCAACGCAGCCUGCGCCUAUACCAUUGUCACGAGCCGCCCAACAGUACAUUGAGUUCAAGAUUGACCAGAAGACUGGCCGACACUUGGGACUAGGUGUUAAAGACUCCGCUGGCGAUGUGCUUUCGGCACUGCCAAGUGAGAAGCACAGUCCCAAUGAUCGCGACAGUCGGUUGAUGAAAAGGCAGAGCACGGGAUCCAGGGUGUCGAGCAGAGACGGCAGUAUUGGACGAAGGUGA